AUGGAACCCUAUGCUGGAAUAAACGUUGUUUUAGAAUAUUUCAAAACUAACGAUAGAGAAACAUGGACCUACAAACAUUUUUUAAACGAAAUAAGAGAAACAAUCAUAAUUUCACCACCAUAUUCUGAUGACUGGAGUGGCUUAGAUGGUUGCAUGGAUGAAAAUGAUAAACGUCAAAAAAUGAAGCCUUUUUUUCAAGAAAUUAUUCUUGAACGUGUAAAGAGAGAUACUGAGAAAAAUUAUGUAAUAGAGGGCGUGAAAGUUAUUAAUGAAACAAGGUUUCGUAGUUCCGAUGAAGUUAUUUUCAUUGUAAAUAAACGAUAUCAUGAAGAUCAAGAAAGGUAUGAAGGCGAUUCAGAAUCAAGGGAUGAUUCGUAUAUUAGUUCUGAUGAUUCAAGUCAAGAUAAUAAAUAUGAAUCUCCCACACCAUAUUCUCCUGAAAAUCCUUUCGUUGAUGAUGCUGAAGACGAAAACGAUGUUAUUACUAAUGUUCCUCUGAGUUUUACACCAUUGGAGAGUUUGGAAUCCGAUUUAUUUGUAAAUGGCGUUAAUAUAUCCGAUAAAUUUAGAACAUUCAUUAAUGAAGCGAUAUUACACGCUAAUGAAAAGGGCUUAUAUGUUGAGUCACACAUUCACGAAAUCUUAUCGUUGUCAUCUAUACUCGUUCUCAUACCGAACUCCUACCCUAUUAAAAUGGUUGAAGUGUUUGGUUUAGAUUUAUUGGAACUAACUCAUCAAAAAUAUACACCGAAAUUAACUCUACGAUUAGAUAUAGAGAUUGAGAACUUAUAUAGAAGUGUUAUCAAAACAUGUCUGGACGAAUCGCGCAUCAAUGGUAUCAAAUUACUUUGUAGGAAGCUUGUAGAAAAAAGUGAAAUGAUGGAUAAUUUCGGAUUUUUGAUCCAAGAUUUGAUAAGAACUCUGCCAUAUGAAAAGAUAAGAAAUGAUCCGAGCGAAUUAACCCUAAUAACAAAUUAUUUAGACAGCAUCAUGAAAAAUGCAUUCCAUGUUCCUGACAACCAUAUAGUACAAUGGUCAAACACAACCUUAUCGGAAAGUAAAGUAACGAAAUUUGAUGGUUUAAGGGCGAAACAGCCAGACUUUGUUGUUUCAGUUAACUAUCAAUCUCAAUCAGCAAAUGUAAUCUAUGUGGGUGAAGUGACCGGACCAGCUGAGAAAAAUAACGUUUUCAAAAAUCGUCUUGACCUAAUCAGAAUUGGAAUUUUCAUGAAGGACUGUGUUGAUUCAGCAAUUUCUCGAAAAGCAGAGAUCAAGAUAUUAGGUUUUCAAUGUAUUGGAUAUAAAAUAGAUUUUUAUGUGCUUGAUCUAAAAGGGGAUGGAAUAUACGCAAUGAAUUAUAUUGAACAGAUAUCGGUACCUGCGACUAUUAGAGACUUAUUUACUUUGAUAGAUGAACUUUAUGUUCUGUUAAAUAUACGGAGUAUCUUAUUGGAAUCUUAUGAUACUUUUAUCAGUAACCUUAAAAAUCCAGGUUUAUGUCCAUUAAAGACGAAGUCAUCAUUUAAAAGGAAAACGCUAGAUACUCCCAAAUUUAAUAAACUUGUUAGUAAAACCCGCAAUGUCAAAGGGAAUGUCUAUUAUGCGUGA